AUGAAUAAAAUUAGUUUAUCAGAUCGUAUAUCUGGUUCUUUAUUUGGAUUAUUAUUAUGUGAUUCAUUAGGAACUGCAGUCGAAUGUCAAACUUCUGGUUCAUUUGAUCCCGUAAAAUCAUUACGAGGUGGUGGAAAAUUUCAAUUAAAACCUGGACAAUUUACAGAUGAUGGAUCAAUGGCAUUAUGUUUAUCUAUUGCUUUAUUAGAUAAUUUGAAUAAUAUUCAUUCAUCAAUUAAACAAAUGAAUUUAUAUCGACGUUGGUAUGCAAAUGGUUAUUUAUCAUCAAAUGGUGAAUGUUUUGAUAUUGGAAUUACUGUACGAAUUGCUUUAAAUAAAUUUAUUUCAAAUUCUGAUCAAUCAGAAACUGCUUAUUAUGGAAAUACAAGUAAUAAAGCAUCAGGAAAUGGUUCAUUGAUGCGACUGGCACCAAUUCCAUUACUUUAUUAUCAAGAUCCUUCUCAUGCUGUAAUUGAAGCAAUGAAUUCAUCAAAAACAACACAUGCUUCAUUACUUUGUUUAGAUAGUUGUCGAAUCUAUACAGUAUUAAUUAUUGGUGCUUUACAAGGAUUUUCAAAAGAUGAUUUAUUAAAUACUGACCAAUUAUUUGUUCCAAAUGGUUUACCAAAUGAUUAUUGGAUAAACAAUCCACUUGAUGCAGAUGUUUUCAAAGUAAUAAAUGGUUCAUAUAAACAACUUAAUCCACCAGAAAUUAAAGCAUCAGGAUUUGUUAUUGAAACAAUGGAAGCAGCAUUAUGGGCAUUUUAUCAUACAAAUUCAUUUGAAGAAGGUGCAUUAAAAGCAGUUAAUUUAGGUAAUGAUGCUGAUACUGUUGGAGCGAUUUAUGGAAUGUUAGCUGGAGCUUUUUGUGGAAUUGAUAAUAUACCAAAUGAAUGGAAAGAAAAGUGUUAUUUUAAUGAUCUCAUUCAAACAAUAUCAGACGAAUUAUUUAGACAAUCACAGAUAAGAACGAACGUAUCAAUUGUAUAUAAAAAAGUAUUGGAAGUAUAUGAUGAAUUAGCAAAAUUUUAUUCAGGAACAAUAAAACGACGUGUUUUACCUUGCCCUAAACAAUAUAAAUCUAUGAAAGAAUUCAAUGAAGAUAUUCAGCAACUUCAUUCAAUCUAUGAAACUGUUCUUAAAUCAUUGGAUGAAGAUCAAGAAAUGAUUACUAAUGAUGAAAAACAAGUGAUUUUCAAUCGUUCUAAAUCAGUUUUAGAACAAUUUUUAAGUCUCAUUGAAGAUGAUAAACAUUCAUUGAUUAUAAAAUGGUCACGAAAUAUAAAUCCUUUCUCACAAAAAAAAUAA